UGGGAGCUACAAAAUUAAUAUUUGGACUUUUGAGUUUAAUUGUCUUCUUUAAUUCAUGGCAAGGUUGAAGCAUGAACAGAAUAAUUUAAACACCGCAGAUAAGUCAUAUAUCAUAUCGAAAUACAGACACUUUGUAGUAAAUGAUCAAGGACUACUUCGACACGCGGGAAGAGACUAUGCCUGACAACGGCCUAGAACCGAGGCGGAGUAACACGACGCGGGGACCGAAGUGACGAGUGGUGAACGUGUCGAAGCAGAUUUUUUUUACACGAGGCUGAGGAACAGCAGGUGAGUUUAAUUAUCUCUAAUUAAGUCUUUUAACAUUAACCUCAUGUGUAGUAACGUAAUAACGUUAAAUGUGUAGGUUGUGCUUUUUUAAUAGCCUGGAAAAUGUGACUGCAACAUUAGUUUUUAUUCGAGCCCGACAUGAGUUAGCUAGUUUGCUAGUUAGCCACCUAACGGUUGAGGCUGCGUGUUAGGGCUGCUGUCACUUCGUGCUCGUGCUUUGCUCACUCUUUGUAUUUUAUAUUGACUAGUUACUCCAAUUCAUUUAGUAAAGUUGUUUUAACAUGGAUAUUAUGCCGAUAAUUAAUAAUGAGCAGCAUGCGCUGUUUUCCUCGGUCCCCUAUUACCGGUAUGUUUUACACAGACAGAUGGAGACCGUCACGGUAGCGUAUCGCUACCCAGGACAUUAUUAAGAGACUGAGUGUAAAUGUUGCCUGUGUGUUUGUCUAUGUGUUCCGUUAUCUUCAUACUGUUUUCAAAUCGUUUAUCAACCAUGUCAUUUAUCAUACCCGCUACGGCAGUUUAUUAUAAUCUUGCAAGUACCAGCAUUACAACUUUCUGUUUAAUACCAUUUACCAUUAACGUCACCUGUUCUUUUGCAAUAACCACUCAAACAAGUAUGUCGUUGUUAAAUUCCAUGUCCGUUUAUUUAGUUUAGUUACAUGUUAACACAGCGUAAAUGUUCGUCUCACCAGCCUCGUCUGGUGUUUGUAUUUGGGGUUGCGUGCCGCGUCAACGCGGUUUAAAUUCACGUCACGACUUCCGGGUAAACCGGAAGUGACCCUGUGUUGUCGUAAUUAUUUUUAUUGCUGUUUUUAUAUAUUUUGGCUAUGCCAAAAUAGGAGCAAUAGUACACUGUUUACGUGCUUAAAGGUUUUCUAGUUUAUAGAGGGAGAAUGGUAGCUGUUUAAAGCUGUUUUCAUUUUUAUUGCCUUAUGGGCCUUCAUUUGGGAAAAUAAACGAUCCCAUCAUUUUCCUUGGUGUUUACCACCAAGUUCAAGUCGCUCGAACACAUCUACCCAUGACAGCUUGCAAUUUGAUGAAUUAACUGAAAAUGAACGUCAUUUAUAGAUAAAAAAUAUAUAGUUUUAACUAACGUUAAGUGUCUGAGAACUGUUGAAUUAUUACUUUGGUUGACAGAGGAGUAGGCUGAUGACAGAGGAGAGGAUCUGUGAUGGCACAGGGCUGUUUACCAGUUUAAACCAUUGAGUUGAACAGAUUGUAAAAUAUAUUUAUUUUAAUGUUUAGUCAGAGAGGUAGGAAAGGAAGGAUAGGAUAUUAAAUGCUUAACUAAUCAUUAUCAACAGGUUGGAGGUUUUAGAGCCUACUUAACUCAUGUUGGCACUACUGAUGAAUUGAAAAAUAAUAUUGAUUUGUGUUUUUGUUUUAUUCAGUUUAUAAUGUAAUAUUCAACAUCACAAUUUACAGUCUUCAAAAUUAACAGCAACACUACUUAUAACAAACCCAAACUGAAUAUUUUAAACACCAUAAAGGUUGUAAUUCUUGCAGGGUUGUUGAAUCAUACUGCAUAAGUGUUAGCUAAACGUAAUCCAAUAAACUAAAUGUAAUUGAAAAUAACAUAGAAUAUUGGUUUAUAGUUGUUGUUGUUUUUUUGUAGUUAAUAGAUAACUGUUCUUAACCACUAAUUGUCUAAAUAAAUGUUAUGUUAAUUUCAUUUUUAAUUUUUCUGUUCACAGAAUUCAAGCACGUCCAGUUCAUGUGGAAAUGUAAGUUUUGUGCCUUUUCCUCCAGUGGCCAAGGAAAAAUAAUACAGCAUUAUAAAGAGCAUCAUGGACAUCACCGGAGGUGUUCAGGCCUUGUCUGCAUUUAUCAAGACUGUUUGAACACAUUUCAAACCCAAACUGAACUUAAAAACCACUUGAAAGAACAUUCAAAAGGUCAUAAAAUUGUGACCAAGUUAUGCUGUGAUUUGUGUACAUUCUCAGAGCCUAGUAACAUUAUCAAAUAUUGUGCCCAUCUGAAGACUCAUUUGAGGAACAGGGAAACAGUUAAAUGUCCGUUUGCAGGUUGCUCUUUCAAGUCCAAUGUACUGUCAACAUUUACUUCUCAUAGAAGUCGCUAUCAUAGGUUGUCCACCUUAAACAGUUUAAGACCAGAGCUUUUUGUACACCAUGCACUUACAAAUGCAGUGCUAGAAGAGGAUUCUGUUUCUGGGACUGAGGCAUCAACUUCAUAUGAUUCAGUACCCGAGGGUGUACCUCCUCUUGAAAAUGGAGAGGCAAUUAAACGUCAGUUGGCAUCUUUAUUUAUCCGUAUGCAAACAAUUCUGCAUGUUUCAAAUUCUGCAGUACAGGAAGUAAUUGAUGAGUUAUUUGACAUUGGAGACUUUGCUUAUAAAAAUAUUAAAACAAUUAUAGAGAAAGUUUUGGAGGAAAAUAACUGUGCAGCUGAUGCCUCUGUUGUAACAUCAUUGUCUGAUGAAAUACAAUCGUUGAACCCACUCAAAUUUCUUUCAAGAGCAGGGCCUUUGGGCACAGAACGUAAAAGGCAGUCAUUUUACAGAAAGAUUUUUACAGUGAUUGAACCGGUUGAAUAUGUGCUAAAUCCACAAGAAAAAAAUCAUUCAUUUGUUUAUGUUCCUAUUUUAGAUUUGUUAAGUAAGUUGUUGGAAAGAAGUGAGAUUCUAGAGAAAUUACAGAGAUCCAAUGGACAGGAAGGUCAUUACUGCUCAUUUCAAGAUGGUGAAUACUUUAAAGAAAACAAACUUUUUGCUGAAGAAUUAGGCAUAGCUCUUGGCUUAUACAUUGAUGAUUUUGAAAUCUGUAAUCCAUUGGGAACUUCAAGAAAGAAACAUAAGUUGUGUGGUAUAUAUUGGGUGAUAGCUAACUUACCCAUAAGACUUAGAUCAACAUUAUCAUCAAUUUAUCUAGCUGCAUUGUGCAAAACUGUACAUAUAAAACAAUAUGGUUACAGCAAAGUUUUGGAGCCUCUGAUUAGAGACCUUCAGCAUUUAGAGACGACUGGUGUAUUUGUGAAAAGACUUGGGUCUUGUGUCAAAGGUACUGUUUUGUAUGUGUCUGCCGAUAACUUAGGUGCACACUCCCUUGCUGGAUACCAAGAGUCUUUCAACGUGGAGAAAUUUUGCAGAUUUUGUUUGGCUAACCUUAAAGAUAUUCAGCAUCAUGAUGUCAGAAGUGGGGCAUUUACUUUGAGAACACCAGAACUGUUUGAUGAAGCCAUUAAUGUGCUUAACACAACUAAUGCCUCGUGUGUUCAUGGUUUGAAGAGAGACUGUCCUUUAAGCAGACUUGCCCACUUUCAUCCUGUAAAAGGUUUUCCACCUGAUUUUCUGCACGAUUUAUUGGAGGGAAUUGUACCUGUGGAACUAUGCAUAUGUCUUUCAGAUCUUAUUGCUAAAAAGUAUUUCACAUUGAAUGAUCUUAAUGAUAGAAUAGCAUCAUUUCCUUUUCAGUUUUCUGACAAAACUAACAGGCCUCAGACAAUACCAACAAACUUUUCAAAAAAAAGAACAAUUGGUGGCAACGGACACGAGAACUGGGCACUUCUGAGAUUUCUUCCACUGUUGAUUGGCCAUCAUGUUCCAGAGAGUGAAAAGACUUGGUCUGUGAUCCUUGAACUGAAAGACAUUGUGGAGGUGUUAUCAAGCCCCUCUUUCACAACAGAAACCCUGUGCUACCUACAAGCCAAAAUUUCUGACCACAGACAGUUGCUCUUAGAAUUAUUUCCUGGUACUAAAUUACGCCCUAAACAUCAUUAUCUUGAACAUUAUCCUGUUCUGAUUCAGAAAUUUGGACCAUUAAUUGAGUUCUGGACAAUACGAUUUGAGGCAAAACAUUCUUUUUUUAAAAGAAUGGUUCACAAUACUGGCAAUUUCAAAAAUAUUCUGCACACGUUGGCCACAAGACAUCAACUGAUGUUGUCAUAUUACUUGGAGAUGCCAACUAUUUUCAAGCCAAGCAUUGAGACUGGACGAGUAUCAGUUGUGUCUGUGGGCAUCCUAGAUGCUGCAAUCAGAGAGGCUGUAUGGAAUAAGUUUGAAGGUCUGGACUCUGUUUCACUCACCUCCAUUGCUUACUUGAAUGGGACAAAAUAUUCUAAAGGCAUGGUACUCUCAGUUGGACAGACGUGUGGACUGCCAGAUUUUGGGAGAGUAUUGGAGAUCUGUGUAGUGGAUGGUUACAUAUCAUUCAUUACUGAACUAUUCACAGCGACCUUCCAAGAGCAUUUCAGGUGUUACCAGCUUGCCAGAAGAGAUCCUGCAACAAUUGUGGUCAUUGAUCCGGACCGUCUGAAUGACUACAUUCCCCUUGCUGCAUACCCUGUUGAAGAAAAGCUGCUCGUCACUCCAAGGACAUUCAUGUUACAUUAAGGUAAUAUUUGAUUGGGUUGGUUUGUCAUAAAUUUAAACAAACUCUUAAUCUUUGGACCACAUAACGGGAUAUAAACUGCACUUUAAAGGUUAGACGACACUAUUUGCUAUAUAACGAUGUAGUGUAGAAAUGGCUACCUGAUCUCUGAAUUCACCCUCCCUAUCUGUUGUAAUCUCUCUGCUGUUUUAACUCCAUUCACAGCUUCUUUUAGAUUUAUGUUAUUUACUGUUUAAUGAAGCGUUUUCUUGUUUGUUCACUGUGUUUCAGUUCUUGGUAUCUCAUCAAUGAUGCUUCUCAGAGUCAUCGUCUCACCUCAGGAAAUAAGACGUGUCACCCUACAGGAGGUUCCCCCAUCAGUUGAUGAGCUAUGUGUAGUUCUGGGCAACACUCUGGGCCUCCGUGGGAAGUUCCUUUUACAGUUUGAAGAUCCAGACUUUGGGAAUGAGCUCUGCAAUUUGACAGACAUCAAGGACCUACCAACUGAACGAGCCACACUGAAAGUUCUGUUCACGUUUUCUGAACCAGUUUCUGACUCGACAUUAGAUACUGCAAGCCUUAGUUCCCAGAAUAGUGCAAGCCCCGAGCCCCCUAGUAGUGGUGAUUCUUCAGAAUGGCCUGAUCCCUUUGUUAUUUCAGAUUUCUCCCAUGACGUUGAGUUUCAGCUGAGGGUAGCAAAUGAUGCCUAUGCCAAGGAUGGAGCUGUGACGGUCAUCUCAAAGAGUGUGAAGAGUGAAAUACUGGACAGACUGGCUGAUAGCAUAACCAGAAUCACUUGCUAUCCAAGUAAAGACAAUUUAGAAAGCGUAGCCAAAGCUCUUGUUGCAAAGCAUCCUUGUCUCAGGGAGCCGGGUUCAGGUAAAGGAUGGUACUGCUGGAGAUUCAGCCUGAUAUUCAAGAUGGGCAAUUACCGUCAGAGGAUGAUGGCAGCUGGAUGCCCUGAAGUUCUUGUAAAUAAAAGAAAAAGACAGGGAAACACCAAGCCAGUCAAGAAGGCAAAAAAGGGAGAGAUCCACUACUUACCAGAGCCACCUGAUGGACAAACUACUGUUAAAUCAGAGAAGGAUCGUGAGACCAUGCUUUUGGAAGUGCAGAAGAGAGAGCCAGAUUUGCACCUGCUCGAUGAAUUGAUGACUGCAACAUUCUCCCAGCGAAGACAAGAGAUCAUUGGUGACGAGCCACUCAUUGCUGCAGUCAAGGACAGAUGGCCUGCAUUGUUUAGUGAGAGACAGCUCAGUGCUGAGUUCAGUAGAAUCGUCACCAAAGACCUGCUGGAGUCAUUCCUGGAUGGACUUGAUGCCUUGGUGCCAGAUGUUCUACAGAUGUACGGAGAAGCUGCUGCAUCAGGCAGGAGGGUGCGCCUGAGCAGUGUUCUCAGUUGUCUUCAAAAGGAGGACACGAACCAAAACAAAAGAACAGCUGUCCUACUUGGUCUUCCAUGCUACCUUGCAGAAGAUUCCUCUGACAUAAUCAGGAUGUGUGAUGCUCAUGGUGAAACCCUUGACGUGCUAAUGAGCGGGAUGCAAGUUGGACUGUUGAUUGGACACGAAGGCCCUCUGCAUGAUGCAUUUCCAUUGGAUGUUUUCAACGUGGCUCUGGUAGUAGAGGAGAAGAUCAUCCUACAUGACCUCCGAGAUGUGUCCACAGGCUUUGCCAUGUUACUGGGUGCAAUCUACUGCCUAAACCUUGAGUACCCACGUAAUAUGAAGUAUUCUUUUGAGUUCCUGCAGAGGGUUGUCAUGAACAUUAAACCGGACCAAUGUUCAGCCAGAAUCCAUGGACUCAGAAAUAAACUGCUUAGAUAUCGCAUGUAAACAAAGAAAUGCACUCGUCAAGCAACUACUAGGAGGCAGCAGUUAUUUGGGAAGCUUGCCUUGUUCUUUACACUAGCAUACAGGUUUUCAUCGGCUUAGUUUGUUCAGCACAAGUCAGGUAUGCGUGACAAAUGUGUCACUUGUGAAGUUGAAAAAUCUGAAAUUGUUGAAAAAUCUAAAAUAGUUCAAAUGUGCAAAACAUUUUGAGGUAUAAUGAAAACAAACUUGUUUCGAAUUGUGGUUAAAGAAUCUUUUAGACGUGGAUGUUGAUGUUUUGUAAAGCUCUGCGUAUACCACAUUUUUCCUCUGUACAACUUUGCCAUACUUAUUCUCUCAUUGACAGUUUUAAAAUUGUGUUCAAUUAACACAAAUUUAAGUGAGGAUAAGUAAGUAAGUAUUUAUAAUGUACACCAUUGUUUUUGUUCAUAUGACGAUAUGGACCGGUUAUCUCACUUUUUGCCUCUUAUGACACCUGCCCAUCUGUCCCCCUUUCCCCAGCACUCUCGGUUGUCAACCUCAGUGAGGCCUGUUUUGAUGCCAAGACAUGUUUAAGAUGUAUCAAUGUUCCACAUUGUUCAUAUUCAUGUCGAGAUUUUAUGAUUAUCUGUUUACUAUCUCACAUACCUCAUUGUUCAACCCCACCUCACCUUCUUUCUUUCUACGAGUCCACCCUCUGUCUCGCUGUCUGUCUGCAAGUCCACCCUCUGUCUGUCUGUCAGUCCACCCUCUGUCAGUCCACCCUCUGUCUGUCUGUCUGUCUGUCUGUCCACCCUCUGUCUGUCUGUCUUGUCUGUCUGCAAGUCCACCCUCUGUCUGUCUGUCUUGUCUGCCUGCAAGUCCACCCUCUGUCUGUCUGUCUUGUCUGUCUGCAAGUCCACCCUCUGUCUGUCUGUCUUGUCUGUCUGCAAGUCCACCCUCUGUCUGUCUGUCUGCAAGUCCACCCUCUGUCUGUCUGUCUUGUCUGUCUGCAAGUCCACCCUCUGUCUGUCUGUCUUGUCUGUCUGCAAGUCCACCCUCUGUCUGUCUGUCUUGUCUGUCUGCAAGUCCACCCUCUGUCUGACUGUCUUGUCUGUCUGCAAGUCCACCCUCUGUCUGUCUGUCUUGUCUGUCUGCAAGUCCACCCUCUGUCUGUCUGUCUUGUCUGUCUGCAAGUCCACCCUCUGUCUGUCUGUCUUGUCUGUCUGCAAGUCCACCCUCUGUCUGUCUGUCUUGUCUGUCUGCAAGUCCACCCUCUGUCUGACUGUCUUGUCUGUCUGCAAGUCCACCCUCUGUCUGUCUGUCUUGUCUGUCUGCAAGUCCACCCUCUGUCUGACUGUCUUGUCUGUCUGCAAGUCCACCCUCUGUACAUUACAGAGACAUACAUUGGGUAUGGCAUGUUAAAACCUUUAACUUCUGUUAAAGUUUAUAUAAAUGUAUUUAUAAAAUAAAUGUUCUUGGACAAAUGCAAGAA